UCACCAGCGCAUCAAAACACAACCACAUACACAAACAAAACAGCCAAAAUAAACUCAAAACACAAAUCAACACAUCACUCUCUUUCUCUCUCUUCUUUCUCUCUCCUCACACACCAAAAUAAUCCCAAUUCUGGAAACUAGGCGAAAACAAAACCAAAAGGAAAACCCUCAACGGCUGCUCUCUCUCUCUCUCAAAUCAAUGGAUCUAGGCUUUUGAUGCUCUUCUUCUAUGCUCAACUCUUCCAUGAUCCCUUUUUUUCUGCUUCUUCCGGUAAAUGGUUAGUUAAAUCAAGGUGAAAAAUUUAACAAGACAAGAAUAGUUUUUUCUUUUUUUGAAGAAUGGCUUCAGUGGGGGUGGCACCUACUGGCUUAAGAGAACCCAGUGGUCAUGCUGGUGUUGAUAAGCUACCUGAGGAGAUGAAUGACAUGAAAAUCAGAGAUGACAAAGAGAUGGAAGCCACCGUUGUUGAUGGUAACGGGACCGAGACAGGGCAUAUUAUUGUGACCACUAUCGGUGGUAGAAAUGGUCAGCCAAAGCAGACUAUAAGUUACAUGGCUGAGCGUGUUGUUGGGCACGGAUCAUUUGGAGUUGUGUUCCAAGCAAAGUGCUUGGAGACUUCUGAAACUGUGGCUAUAAAGAAGGUUCUUCAAGACAAGAGGUAUAAGAAUCGUGAGCUGCAAACAAUGCGCCUUCUUGACCACCCUAAUGUUGUUGCUUUGAAACAUUGUUUCUUUUCAACGACUGAAAAGGAUGAGCUUUAUCUUAAUUUGGUACUUGAGUAUGUUCCUGAAACUGUUCAUCGUGUGAUUAAACACUACAACAAGUUGAAUCAAAGGAUGCCUCUGAUAUAUGUAAAACUUUACACAUACCAGAUCUUCAGAGCGUUAUCUUAUAUUCAUCGAUGUAUUGGAGUUUGUCACCGAGACAUUAAGCCUCAAAAUCUUUUGGUUAAUCCACAUACCCACCAAGUUAAAUUAUGUGAUUUUGGAAGUGCAAAAGUUUUGGUAAAAGGAGAGCCAAAUAUAUCCUACAUCUGCUCUAGAUAUUAUAGAGCACCCGAGCUUAUAUUUGGAGCAACUGAGUACACUUCUGCAAUUGACAUUUGGUCUGCUGGUUGUGUUCUUGCAGAACUACUACUUGGACAGCCUCUGUUUCCUGGAGAGAGCGGAGUUGACCAGCUUGUUGAAAUCAUCAAGGUUUUGGGCACUCCCACAAGGGAGGAGAUAAAAUGCAUGAAUCCUAACUACACAGAGUUCAAAUUCCCCCAAAUUAAAGCUCAUCCAUGGCACAAGAUAUUCCACAAGCGUAUGCCCCCAGAAGCUGUCGAUCUGGUUUCAAGACUACUGCAAUACUCUCCAAAUCUUCGAUGCUCGGCUCUGGACGCCUUAACACAUCCCUUCUUCGAUGAGCUUCGCGACCAAAAUGCACGCUUACCAAAUGGACGUUUCCUUCCACCAUUGUUCAACUUUAAAGCACACGAAUUGAAGGGAGUUUCAAUGGAGAUUUUGGUGAAGUUGAUCCCGGAGCACGCGAGAAAGAACACCUCCUUUCUUGGGUUGUGAUUGAUUACUUAAUAUGGAGUGUAACAAAAUGAAUGCUAUGCCUUGUCCUUGUGUACUAUUUGUUCUCUGUUUAUUUAAUGUACCAUCAACUUGUUCUAUAUUAAAAAGAAGAAGAAGAAGAAGAAGAAGAAGCAGAUCUAGAUGUAUUCUACUACUUAUCUUGUCCAAACCUCUAUAUGGGUAUUAUGUAAGAAUACAUAGAAGAUGAACAUGAGCAUUUAUCUAAGCCAAAAAUAUCACCUGUAGUCCUCAAUUUUUGUUUGUGAUAACCCUUAGGUCCCACUAUAUAUGUAUUAUUUAUAUCUAUACCCUCUCUUUUUUGUUUGUAGCAUAUUAGUUUCCAAUAUUUUUCAUGUUUGUUUGCUAACCUUUAUAUAAUAUAUUAAAUGAAUGUUGAUAUUGAAA